AUGAAUUUGGCUACUGCAUAUCUGGAUGGUUCAGAUUUAUAUGGAGGAACUGACAAUGAUAUUCAAACUCUUCGAACAUUUGAAGGAGGAAAGGUGAUUCUUGACAAUUGUAAAAGAUGCCAGGAAUCUUCAGGGCUAAGUUUAUUAUACUCUGUGCUUCUACUCGAACAUAAUCGAAUUGCUGCUGCACUUGCUACAAUUAACAAGCACUGGAAUGAUGAAUCUUUAUUUCAAGAGGCAAGAAAAGUAGUGGUGGCUCAAAUACAACACAUAACUUAUCAUGAGUUCCUACCAACAGUUCUCGGAGAGUUAACAACAGAAAAUAAUGGACUUAAACUUAAGGAACAAGGAUACUAUGACAAUUAUUCAAGCUCUCAUCAUGCAGGAAUAAUGAACAGUGUCGCAACAGCAGCUCUACAGUUCUUUCCUCUCAUGACACCUGCAAGUAUGCAAUUUGGACAUUUCAAUGCAACAGAUAAAGAACAACAAUUUGUACAUGCUAUGUUGACUGAAAGUGCCGAAGAAGCUAAUUUGAAUGUUCCCAUUCCUGCACACACAGGAUGGACAAAAGGUGCCUUCCUGAUACAAAUGAGCAGAGAUCAUGGAAUUCCAUCAUAUGACAAAUGGCUUAAAUUAUGUAAUCCUGAUUUAAAAUCCGAAAUUACUUUUUCAAGCUUAUCAUCGCUGAUGACACAAAACAAUAUUGAUAUACUUCAAGAACUCUAUGGGGAAAUUGAAAAUGUUGACCUACUGGCUGGUGGAAUAAUGGAAACCCCAGUACAUGGAGCUCUAGUUGGCCCAACAUUUACUUGUCUUCUUGCUUACCAAUACACAAAUAUUCGAAAUAGUGACCGUUUUUGGUAUGAGAAUGAUUUGCCACCUUCUUCAUUCAGUCGAAAACAAUUAGAAGAAAUACGAAAGGUGACAUUGGCAGGUCUCAUAUGUGACAAUGUGCCCAAUCUGUCUGGAGCACAAUCACGAGUGUUUGUUCAAGAAGAUACAUAUUUAAAUGUUCGCAUCUCUUGUGAUUUACAACCAACCCUGGAUUUAUCAGCCUGGCAUGAUGAAACCACAACUACACAUAUAACUGAUGAAUUAAUAAUGCAAGCUAUAGAAAGAGCAGAAUCUGAUAUGCUUCGAAGGAGGGAGAAAGAAUAUCAGUCUUAUGCGAAAAAUGGAGGAGCAGAUCCAAAAUCUCCUGUGGGAACAGCUGCAGCUUUCAGCAAAGCAAAUAAUCAGGCUUUGAAAAUUGCCAAUGUUUCUCUGUUUCUUGAAUAUGCAUCUCAAGAGCUCAUGAACUCUCUCCAAAGUGUUGGCUUGAGAAGGGGAAGACGACAAGUGUUUGAUCAAACACGUGACAAUAUAUUAAGCUUUCAAACUGACUCUUUGGGAGAUGAUUUCACAGACAGCCUGCAAAAUGUAGAUAUCAGUUCUUUUCUGCCUCCAGUAGGCCCAACUUCUGAUUGUGAAGCUAAUGAUGAUAGAGGUCCUUGUGACACUCGUACUCCUUUUAGAUCUAUCACAGGAUACUGCAAUAAUGUUCGUAGUCCAAACCUCGGGAAGAGUCUUACAACUUUUGCUAGAUUGUUACCCCCUGCAUAUGAAAAUAGUAUAUCUCAUCCCCGAUUAACAUCUGUCACGGGAACUCCUUUGCCUUCACCUAGAAUUGUAUCAACACAAAUCCAUGCAGACAUAAGUAAUCUGCACAAUCGGUACAGCCUCAUGCUAAUGCAGUUUGCUCAAUUUUUGGAUCAUGAUAUAACAUUUACUCCUGUGCACAAAGGUUUCUUUGCGUCCAUUCCUGAUUGUCGUUCCUGUGAUUCUCCUCAAACUGUACACCCAGAGUGCAUGCCAAUACCUGUACCUCGUGGGGAUCACUAUUAUCCACAGAUCAACCACACCACAGGAGAGCGAUUGUGUUUUCCUUUCAUGAGAUCACUACCUGGACAACAGCACCUAGGAGCUAGAGAUCAAAUCAAUCAGAAUUCAGCAUUUUUAGAUACAUCUCAAGUCUAUGGGGAACAUUUAUGUCAAGCAAGAGAUUUGAGAGGAUUUGGAGGGCGAAUGAAUGUCACUAGACAUCCAGUGAAAGGAAAAGAUCUUCUACCUCAAUCAACAGAACAUCCAGAGUGUAAAUCUCCUUCAGGGUUUUGUUUUAUAGCAGGUGAUGGACGCGCCAGUGAACAACCAGCCCUUACAGCCAUUCACACAUUAUUCAUGAGAGAACAUAACAGAGUGGUUGAUGGUCUGCAUUCAAUCAACCCUCAUUGGGAUGAUGAGAAAUUGUAUCAAAAUGCACGAAGAAUUGUUACAGCUGCAGCACAGCACAUUUCUUACAAUGAAUUCCUACCUAGAAUAUUGGGUUGGAAUGCUAUUAAUUUAUAUGAGCUCAAAUUGAGACCUCAAGGAUAUUACAAAGGCUACAACCCUUCUUGCAAUCCAAGUAUAGUGAACGAGUUUGCUGCUGCAGCUUUUCGUAUCGGCCACAGUUUACUGCGCCCUCACAUACCUCGAAUGGGUCCCAAUUAUGAAGUUCUUGAUCCCCCAAUUCUACUGAGAGAUGGUUUCUUCAACCCAGAUAUGAUUUAUCAGGUUCAUAUGAUAGAUGAAAUAACUAGAGGCCUGGUGUCUACACCUAUGGAAAACAUGGAUCAAUUUGUGACUGGAGAAAUUACUAAUCAUUUGUUUGAAGACAGACGUAUCCCUCAUUCUGGAGUAGAUCUCAUAGCCCUGAAUAUACAACGAGGUCGUGACCAUGCAAUCAGGCCGUACAACGAUUACCGUGCUCUAUGCAACCUGAAGAGAGCAACAAGUUUCGAUGAUCUAUCACGGGAAAUUCCAGCAGAAGUUAUUACUCGCCUCAAAAGAAUUUAUGCUACAGUUGAUGACAUUGACUUGUUUCCUGGAGGUAUGAGCGAACGUCCACUGCAAGGAGGAUUAGUUGGUCCAACAUUCGCUUGCAUCAUUGGCAUUCAAUUCAGACAAUUAAGGAAAUGUGAUCGUUUCUGGUAUGAAAAUGAAAAUCCCGUUGUAAAGUUCACUGAAGCACAAUUGGCAGAAAUUCGCAAAAUAACAUUAUCAAAAAUAUUAUGUGAAAACAUGGACAUCUCAUCUGAUAUGCAGAGAUCUGCUUUUGACCAACCCAGUAAUUUCUUAAAUCCAAGGGUUCCCUGCCAUUCAAUUCCUCAUAUUGACCUGAAUGCAUGGCGAGAAACUCCACAAGGAUGUCAAAUUGGAGGACGAUCUGUGCCUGUAGGAGAAUCAUCAUUUCCCUCUCCUUGCACAAGUUGCAUAUGCUCUACAGAAGGAACUCAAUGUGCAUCACUUCGUAUAACUGACUGUGGUCAACUUUUACGGGAAGCAGACCGGGAGGCAAUAUUGAGAGAUGAUGUUUGCACAGCCCAGUGUGGUUUUCUUCUUCAAGGAGAUGACAGUGCCUCUCUGUCAAUUCGAAAUCCUGAACCUGUGGAUGUUGUAUUCACAACCACAAACUUACCACCAAUUUCUCUGGAGACACGACCACCACGGGGCCGAAAUCUUCCUCCAAUCGACUUGAUCCCUCCUCCCCCUAGGUUACAAUCCUCUGGUAUUCGAAGCAGGCAAGGGAGGCCCACAGGCCCCAGUGCAUUUGGGCCCUUCAAAUUGUCUGAUCUGCCCCCAUUCAUUGGGUAACCAAUUCGCAAGUGAGCUCAUGCAAGCGUCAUUUGCUUUAUUUGGAUUUAAAAAAACCAAUCACUGAAUUGUUAGAAGCAAUUGUUAAGACAACCAGAUAGUUAAAACCAAAUAUUUGUUGUUGACUCAAUAAUUGUUAAGGAAAUCAUUCCAUGUAAAUGGAGACAUCAUUGUUUAAGUUUUGUGUAAAUAAUUUGUAUCAUAAUGUGUGAAACACAGAUAACAAUGAAUAUGUGCCAUAUGGUCAAGGGCAUAAAAAUCUCAUACCUGUGCUAAUUUUUUAAAGACUUCCUAGUUUUAAGUCGAAUCUUUUCAUAACUUUCAUCAGACUUUAUACAUUUCAGUUGUCUUGUUUUCAAACAAUGCACUAUCUUUAAAAUGGUUACCCAGUAAAAUAUCUUAUAUCAAUUGCUAAAAAGGAACACUAAAAAUUUAUCAGUUGCAAAUUGAAAUGAUAUUUAUUACAUGCAAGUAAUUGCACUUUUCUAAAAUAAUUUUUAUGUGUAAUGACUGAUAACUAUGCAUUACUUUGCCUCGAUGUUUUACUGAUGAAAAGGAUAAUUGCAGAAAUAAGAAAGCUUAAUGUUCUUUAGUGUUCAUUCAAAUAUAACUAUCAUAAACCCUACAUGGAUCUCAAAAUAAAAUAUAAAUUAGUCAUUUCCUGGAAAGAGAGAAUGGAGAGAUACAAAAUUGUUCUUACAAAUUA